AUGAAUGACGUCUUAAAGGAUCUGCUCAGGUGGUUUGAUCGACACCGUGAAACAGAGAAGGUGUUGCAAAUCAACAAGCUAUAUCGUCUCGCCACCAGUGAUAUUGUCACUGAGUACUGUCUGGGAGAGUCCACAAACUUCUUAAAAAUGGAUGACUAUAAUUCUUCGUAUCUAGAUGCUAUUGAUACCAGCUUCGAAAUGGUACACUGGAUGACACACAUUGCUUGGUUGGGUCCAGUAGUCGAGAUAGUGCCUCUACGAUUAUUGGCCUUUUUGUUACCCAGAUUAGAACCUCUACGAAAGGUAUAUUUGAAAUGGGAGCAGCAGGUGGAGAAACUUAGAUCUGCUGGAAACUUGCAAUCAAGCAAACCUAUUGUAUUGCACGGAUUAUUGAACAGUGGUCUCCCACCAUCUGAAAAGUCUAUAUCUAGAUUGAGACAAGAGACUCGGGUCCUCGUGCUUGCUGGCCAGGAUUCUACUGCCUCCACAUUAUCGGCCAUCACGUUUCAACUUCUUUCCAACCCCGAGAAGCUUUCGAAGCUGAAAGAAGAGUUGGCUGCAGCAAUUCCAGAUCCAGAAAGUUUUCCCCCUUGUUCCCAAAUCGAGACAUUACCGUAUCUCACCGCCGUGAUCAAGGAGGGUCUUCGGUUGCAUCCAGGAGCCGUCCUCCGCAUGCAGAGGGUGUCCCCAGAGAAACCCCUAAUAUAUAGAGACACUAAGAGAUGUAUCACGUGGACUAUACCACCAGGAACACCUGUCAGCAUGACCUCAUUAUUGAUUCAUAAGAACUCCGAGAUAUUUCCGAAUCCAGAAGCAUUCCAGCCGGAGAGGUGGCUUGCUAAUCAGAGGCUUGAUCGGUACAUGCUUGCCUUCUCUAAGGGAACGAGAAUGUGUUUAGGGGUAAAUCUUGCGUAUCAAGAGCUCUACAUCUUUCUCGCUGGCAUAUUUCGAAGAUAUGACCUUUAUAGAGAGAGUGAAAAAAACACUGGACCGACGUUGGCUUUGUACGAAACAGUUAGAGAGACUGAUGUUGAUGCAGUGGCUGAAAUGGUGGUUGCUGCCCCGGCAUUGGGAAGUAAGGGUACACAAAUCAUUGUGCGAUAA